ACACGUGGUCGUCGUGCGUGCGCGUGUACUGUCGCCAUUUUCUUUCGCGUCAAGUGUGUAAUUCAACAUGGCUUCCCAAAACUACUUCGGUUUUACUCAUGGCGGCACACAGUACACCCAACCCCAACAGAGCGGCUAUGCUCAGCAUACAGCCCAACCUCAAACGGGCCACGUCUACCAGGCGGCAACUCCUGUAGCAGCCCACCAGACUACCUAUGCCUCCACGGCUACCCCUAGGCAAACUCAGGCAGCCUCUGGCUAUGAGACGGGGUAUGCGACUGUGGCAGCCACACAUCCAACAGGACAGUACGGCUAUGGCACUCAACAGCGUCAGGAUGCCCAAACGCCCUCGCCUGCAACAUCCCAGACGUACCGUGAGUCGUACAACUACGUGCAGACCACCCCGGCUGCCACGUCGUACGAGAAGCAGUCGUACUACCAGCAGCCCCAGGCUCAGCAAACGGCCACUGAUUCCUACUACCAACAGGCUAACAAGUAUGGCAAAACAGCUGCAACUAAGCAGACAGCAUACUCCAACACUGGCUCAGCAUCUGCGUACACCAGCCACCAUCAAGCUGCUGUCCAGAAACCAACGCAGACCAAGACAGUUGUGACCUACGCAUAUGCCCCACAGACCACGACCCCAACAUAUGCCAACACACCAGCCACGACCACCUACUCGGCCAAGGAGUCAGCCGCCGCCGCUGCAGCCAAUUCGUACUCCAGCUAUGACUCGCUGGUGUACUCGGCAGCGACCUCCUACUACCAGCAGCAGCAGCAGGGCAAGAUGGGAGGCUCGGGCUGGGGCUUCAAGGGGGGCAACAACAAGGCCAAUUACACCCAGAACAAGUUUGUGCAGAAGAAAGAUCGCAUGCCCCCCAAGCAGCCGCAGAUCCACUACUGCGAAGUCUGCAAGAUCAGCUGUGCUGGACCGCAGACCUACAAAGAGCAUCUGGAAGGACAGAAGCACAAGAAGAAAGAGCAGAGCCAGAAGGAGGCCCCUGGCCGGCCAGGCAUCGCCCUCCGCUGUGAGCUGUGUGACGUCUCCUGCACCGGCCAGGAUGCCUACAAGGCUCACAUCAAUGGAUCCAAGCACCAGAAGGUAUUAAAGCUUCACACCAAGAUGGGGAAGCCCAUCCCUUCCUCAGAUCCCAUCAAGGUCAACACGGCUGCAACGUCUACUGCUCAGUCAGCGGGGAACAAGACAGCAGCGGCGGCCACCUCCACGGCUGGCGCAGCAGCCGCUAAAGCCAAGCCGGUGGUCAAGAAGGUGGUGACUCCCAAGAUCACGUUUGUCGGGGGCACUAAGUUGACAUCCACCACCCCAGAGGCGGACAAGAAGGCUGACACGAAGUUAGAUACAAGUGCUGCAGGUACCACGGCAGAGACUGCUGAGGCAACUACCGAGGUCAAGGAAGAAGUGGCAGAGAUGGAGAAGGAGAUACUCCCCGUGGGUGAGGAUUACAUCGAGGAGAUCAAGAACGACGAAGGCAAGCUGCUCAGCUUCAACUGCAAGCUGUGCGAGUGUAAAUUCAACGACCCCAAUGCCAAGGAUAUGCACAUGAAGGGACGUCGCCAUCGUCUGCAGUAUAAGAAAAAAGUGGACCCCAGCUACACGGUGGACAUGAAGCCUACCUCGCGGACCCGCAAGGCCCAGGAGGAGAAGAUGAGGCGGCAGUUUGCCAAGGAGGAGUUCAUGAGACACCGGGAGGAGGAAAACCGAUGGAAGGAUGAGAUCAGACGCUACGAGGAGGACAUGUACUGGCGACGCCUAGAGGAGGAGCGUUACUGGGAGGAGCGCCGCCUCUUUGAUGAGGAGAUGGAGUUCUUUGAGUGGCAGCGUCGCCGUGGCAUCCCCCAUCCCCGGCCUGUGCCUCCCAAGAUGCCUGGACAGAUGGACAUCACCAAGCGGCCGGAUUCUGAGAUUGACCGGCAUGUUAUGGCCAAGCAUGCGGCUAUUUAUCCAUCGGAGGUUGAGCUCCAGCAAGUUCAGGCGAUGGUCUCCAACUGUGAGAAGGCUCUGAAGAUGGUGUCGGACUUCCUUGCCGAGGCGGACACGCCCAAGGAAAAGGAAGAGCCGAAGGCCGAAGUCAAGACUGAAAGCAAGGAGGACGCAGAGAAGAUGGAGGGAGAUAGUCAAGUGGAGAAGGUGGACACCACCGUGCGCGUGCUGAAGGGAGUGAUGCGCGUGGGUGUCUUGGCCAAGGGUCUUCUGCUGAGGGGAGAUCUCAACAUGGGCCUGGUGGUGCUGUGCUCCGAGAAACCAACCCGCACUCUGCUGGAACGCGUGGCUGACUGUCUGCCCAAGCAACUUGGGGAAGUGACUGAUGAAAAGUACGACAUCAAGUUGUGCGUUGAGGAGGCAGGGCUUCUUGUCACCGACCCGGCGUCCAAGAUGACCAUGAAGGUGACCCUGACGUCUCCUGUCAUGCGCGAAGCAGCAGCAGAUGCCGCAGAUACGGCUAAGGACCCACCUGACGUCUUGGACAGGCAAAAAUGCCUGGAAGCCUUGGCUGCAUUACGCCAUGCUAAGUGGUUUCAGGCUAGGGCGACUGGGCUGCAGUCCUGCGUUGUCGUCAUCAGGAUCCUGCGGGACUUGUGCGAGCGGAUUCCAACUUGGGCACCUCUCAAUGCAUGGCCGAUUGAGCUUCUGUGUGAGCGCGUCAUUGCAAGUCGUGGUCAGCCCAUGAGGCCAGGAGAUGCUUUGCGUCGCAUCUUUGAAGCCAUCGCUGGAGGUCUCCUCCUGCCAAGUGGACCGGGGCUCUUCGAUCCCUGCGAGAAGGAGCCGACUGAUGCCUUGGCUCAUCUUGACAAGCAGCAGUGUGAGGACAUCACAGCAAGUGCGCAGCAUGCACUGCGCCUGAUCGUUUUCCGUCAAAUCCACAAGGUUCUGGGCAUGGAGCCGUUGGCUGUUGAGCAGCGCACUCCAAACCGACACGGCUUCCGUCGUAAGCGUCGUCACAACGAGAGCGAAGGGGGAGAAGAUGGUGAAGGGAAGAAAGACAAAAAGGAUGAUGCAGCAGAAGACAAGAUGGAAGCGGCUGAAGCCACACCCGAGGCAGCCAAGUAGACAAGUGUAUCGGUGCUGAUUGCAUAAACCUGUGUUUAAGGAGCACACCUGUCGCAGUGUCUCAUCUUAUUUAAUAUUUUCAGCACAUGUGCUCCAACCUCCGCAUGUCACAUACCUUUUAAAAUAUGUCCACAUUGUAUGGACUAUCCCAAGUGUAGAGCACUGAAGGAAAAAUGCUUAGAAACAAAAUGCAGUGCACAUACUUUGGCAGUACAUGCAUUCUGAAAUCAGUGUAUAGAUUUGUUCGUUUUUGCCUUCGAAAUUGAACAGCUAGAAAUCUCCAGAUUGGAUUUGUUACUAUACCAUGUUUAUCUGGAAAUUUCUUAUAUUGCCCCAACCCAGGGUUGUGACAGAAAACUCACGAAGCUGUAGAGUGUUGUACAUGAAACUGUUUGCCCAGAAAACCUUGACCAUUGGCCUGACAUUCCUUCAGAAGGUUUCUAUUCUUGAUGUGUUAACACGGCCUUUCCGCCGUGUUGAAAUAAUAUGACUAAGGUUAUGUAGUCCAACAAUAUGGGGUGAAAAAAAUGAGCACGGUGUGCGCAAAUCUGUUCAUCACAUUCGGUGGAAAAAGUCCUGCAUACUUGGUUUUAUUGAAUUGGCAACUUUUCUCUCAGUUUGAAAAAAGUCUGAUUGGUGGAUGUGUGAAAAAGUAUUUAUGGGGGGGGGUGCUUUCUCCACGGUGAUAGUAUUGGAUGUUACAGUGUUCGCUGAAUUUAAAUGGACGGUGUAUUGUCACUUAAUUUUCCUGUUGAAAUUACUGUUGUAAGAUGUGCUCCAAAAAGAACACAAUGUAACUGAUUUUUUACUUUUGCAAAAAUGCAAUCUUGCUCACAAAACCAUCAGAACUACACAUGUGGUGGAAUAGUUUAACCUUGUCUCCAGUAUUUCAAGAUCUGUGUUCUAUGCGUUAUUGCAUUGUAUUAUUGCCAGCAGAUACAAAGUGUACAUUUGUUGAUUGGUUGUUUUUGUAGGGUCAUAAAUAUACAAGGCAUACGAGGUUUAUUAGGGGUUUAGUCCAACCAGUGAUUGUAGAAGUUUACUGCACUUGUAUUUACUAGUUUAAAAGUAGAGGAAAUUCAAAUUGUUCAAUGGAUUUGUGCUUGUAUGCCUUGGCUUAAGUAAGACUUGCAUUCAAACUCUGUAACGUAAAAAACGGGUCUGCACAUGCAGAGGUGUCUAAAUUGGUGUCCUCAUCGGAGCCAAUCAUGAUUUCAUGGAAUAGCAAUUCAAAGGGACAAUAUGUAGAUACUUGCAGCUGAUCCCAUGUAUACAAAGAUUACAGGAGAAUUAAAAGUCCCAUUUAAAAAUGAAGCUAAAGUCACA